AUCGCGAAGGUGCGAGUGAAUAUAGUGUGUUGAGGUGUACAAAGUGAAUCCAUCAAGCUGUACGCGCCGUCGGAAGAGAUGUUGACCAUGGAGACGGACCUUAAAGGAGGCAGUUUACAUGCCACGAUGCCGCCUCACCACGGUUUGCAAAGUUACGGGUCGUUGAGUGCCCUGGGUCAAAGUCCCAUGCAUCAAUUGGCGCAGCAUCCACACCAAAUCCAUCAUCAGCCGCAGGGUCCCCAACUGCAUCAUCAGCACCAGCAGCAGAACCACCAACAGCCCACGACGCCCCAUAUUCAGUCGAACAAUAAUAACAACACGUCGAAGGCUCAGAAUAUGGAAAGGGUGAAGCGGCCGAUGAACGCUUUCAUGGUGUGGUCGCGCGGGCAGCGGCGGAAAAUGGCGCAGGAGAAUCCGAAAAUGCACAAUUCGGAGAUCUCGAAGCGGUUAGGUGCCGAGUGGAAACUGUUGAGUGAAACCGAAAAGAGGCCUUUUAUCGACGAGGCGAAACGGUUACGGGCCGUGCACAUGAAAGAACAUCCCGAUUACAAGUACAGGCCGAGGCGUAAAACAAAAACGCUGCUGAAAAAAGACAAAUACCCAUUGGGCGCGUCGAGUCUCUUACCGUCCGGUGAUACCAGCAGGACGGCCGCGUCGGCCGUUCAACAAGUGAGCGCGAGAGAUAUGUACCAGAUGCCCAACGGAUACAUGCCCAACGGUUACAUGAUGCACGAUCCUAGCGCUUAUCAGCAACAAUACGGUGGCGCCAACUACGCAAGGUACGACAUGAGCCAGAUGCAGCAUCAGGCGUACAUGAACGGCAGCUAUGGGGCCUACGGCACCACCACAGUACCUCAGGGUUCGCCGUACGGGAUGCAACAGGCUAGUUCGUCGCACAGCCCAUCCGGUUCUAGUAUAAAGUCCGAACCGGUAUCACCAAGCUCCGGCUUGCACACGCCUACGCCCGGCGGUAUUAAACGGGAAUACGUAACCGGGCAACAACAGCAGCAGCAAGGGGACCUUCGGCAAAUGAUAAGCAUGUACCUGCCGACCGACGGUUCGCAACAUAUACAACACCACCAGUACAGUUCAUCUCCUGAUCCAAUGGGACCGGGACCCCUCGCGCCGUUGGCUCACAUGUGAGAGCCGCUGUUCGCGGCACCCGAACUGGACGUGUCGCCAAUUUGAAGUGUGAUGUAAAUACCCCGUAUGAACUUGUAUAUAGUUUCGUUUUUAUCAUCAGUAUUCGGUUCCUUAAACCGUUGCAGUAUUCAACAAAAUAAUGAUGACGAUGGUGGACAAGACCUCGCCUUCUUUCAUUCACAUUGAUGGUGACCCACGAUUCAUUUCCAGCAGCCACUCUUGUGAAAAAAGCGUUUCCUUCUGCAUACCCAAUGAAAAGAUUUUCACACACAUCAAUGCGUCGUUUUAGUGCUGUGGUCAAUAACGGAAAUUUGAUCUUCCAUAGUGCAUUGCUUAAGUGGAGUUGAGUUGACAGACAGCAAACUGGAAUCCUUCCUGCGAUAUAUCAUUAACAGAGCCGUUUAAUAUUUGUAUUAAAUUUUAAACAAUGGAGCGUUUUAAACAAAGUUCAUAUUUUCUACAGGACAUCCCAAAAGGUUGAGGUAACUCAUUACAACAAAUUUUGUUUUACACUAAGAAAAGGGAUAAUUAUUUGCGAAAAAUAACAUUAUCGAGAUGUCUUCCUUCGCAUCACUGCACCUCCUCCAGACAGAAGCAGAAAUGCGAAUGUAUAGGCUUCGUUUAAGGUAACUCUAUAGAAAAAAUCCAUAUGAAUUAAAUCACUUCUGGGCGGCCCAUUUAGCCAUUAAUCUUCCCUGAAAAAUAGUUCUUAUUUAUUUUAUCGAAAGCUUUAGAGUAUGUGAGGUGAUGCCAUCUCGUUGAAAGCACUUGUUCUCAUUGAAACCAGCAAAAUUAUUGACCUCUGAUCUCAAAAAACUGUUCAACAUAUUGUAUCGAAAAGCAGUAACCGCAAGUGCAGCACCGCAUUUUUGAAAAAUUAAGGUCCGAUAAAUCAGGAGGUACUCAUUCCUCCAAUACCGUCACUUUGGGAGAGAGAAGUUGAUGUUUCUCUUGGAGACUUUCAUAACUUCAGUAACGAUAGUUCUGCUUAUUUAUAAAGGCGUCUAAGUGAAAGUAAGGCGCUGAAUAAGAUGUCGAAACUUUUCAAAGUGUUAAGUACUUCACUACUACUACUUAAAUUUUCUAGAGAUGUAACAAUUGAAUUUUAUAUUGGUGAAAUGUUAAACAUUUGGUCAAUAUGCUGUGAACAGUCGUUUUUGAUGAAUCCAAACGCCACCAGUUACGACGCAUUAUUACAUUACGAAUUCCUAGUCUUCGAGCGAUCUGUACGGUUCGUUUGUUACCGAAGGUUUGAGUUCUGUUUCCAAUGAUUUUAUAUUGGCAUGAAUUGACAAUUGCAGCGAUCCUGCCUUUCAGAAUUGUUCCAAACAAAUAAACCAUUCCCAUAGUAAUUUUCUUUGGAUUUUCAAAGAUUGACUUUUCGUCUGAAAUCACUGCAGCCUACUUACCAAUUUUCAAGUAUAAGAUUCUCUAAAUAACCCAGUUUGCAUUCCAAUCCAAUCCGCAUUUUGGUUUAAUAUUAAAGUCACCUCUACGUCCCAAAGCUGCAACUCUUUUUUAAAUCACCCAUCGAUCAAUGAACUCAGCUUCCCAAUGAAACUUGUGUGUCUUUUGGCAGGUAUUUGAGGACUUCAUCAACUUUUUCAUUCGUUCUUUUUAACACCCGUAUUAAUCUCCCAUAAUGCUUUUGCUAAACAAGUUCCAUCAGUACUUAUUACUAUUAUAAUUUUACGAAAUUAAAUGUUUGCUGGGAAAUCCACACUGGACAUUUUCGUGACGACUUCGUUUGAACCCGGCAAAUUGUCACAUUCGUUAGAGAAAUCAUUUCCGAAAUUCGCUUUAUAUAAGAGGCGAUUUAAAUAAAUCUGCGUGAAGUGAUGAGAUACUUAAAUGUAAUCUUCAAAGCGUUGCCAUUGUCGUUCUUAUUGCUCUUCGUAUCUCCUGGCGCACAUUGCCUUCCCUUUUGGGAAAGUAAAUUGUUUUCAGUUGAGGGAAUGUGACGGCGUAAUAACGUUUUAAUUUUUUUUUUUGGGCUCAUUGGGUGAGUUUUAGCAAGCUACGUUUAGGAAUUCCGGUUUAAAGUCACGUGUCAGAUUUGUUUUGAUUUGAA